AUGUCGUCCAUGGACAAGAUCUUCUCAGGAUACCGUGCACGCCAGGCACUCCAAGAGCGAAAUCAUAGCCCUUUCUCCAAGGGCAUUGCAUUUGUGGACGGCGAGUUCGUCCAGCCCAACGACGCCCGUAUCCCCUUGCUCGACGAAGGCUUCAUGCACAGCGACCUGACGUAUGACGUCCCCUCAGUCUGGAACGGCCGCUUUUUCCGUCUGGACGAUCACAUCGAGCGCCUUGUUACCAGCUGCGAGAAAAUGCGGCUACGAUUCCCCCUGUCUACAGAUCGGGUAAAAGAGAUCCUGACGGAAAUGGUGGUUAAGAGCGGGAUCCAAGACGCGUUCGUGGAGCUUAUCGUGACACGGGGGAUGAAGAGUGUACGUGGGAACAAGCCCGGGGAUCUGCUUGAUUCGAAUCUCUAUCUUCUUGUCCUGCCGUAUGUAUGGGUGAUGGAUCCUCAGGACCAAUACACCGGUGGCAGCGCCAUUAUCGCACGCACUGUCCGGCGCACUCCGCCCGGGGCAAUGGAUCCGACCAUCAAGAACCUGCAAUGGGGCGACUUGACAAGAGGCCUGUUUGAGGCUAUGGACCGCGGCUCUACGUAUCCCUUCUUGACGGAUGGGGACACCAAUCUGACUGAGGGAUCUGGGUUCAAUAUCUUCCUCGUGAAGGAUGGUGUUCUCUUCACCCCGAACCGGGGUGUCCUUGAGGGGAUCACGCGUAAGAGCGUGAUCGAUGUGGCAGAGAAUAACAGGAUUGAAGUUCGGCUUGAGACGAUCCAGGUUGAGCUUGCGUACCGGUGUGAUGAGAUCUUUAUGUGUACGACGGCAGGCGGCAUUAUGCCUAUUACUACGCUUGACGACAAGCCGGUUAGCGAUGGCCGGGUUGGGCCAGUUACAAAGGUCAUCUGGGAUGCGUAUUGGGCGAUGCACUAUGAUCCGGCGUAUAGUCGUCCGAUCAACUAUGACUAG